AGAAUUGUUCAAUUCUCGUGAAAUCGACUGACUAGGUCUUUAGCCCUACAAUAUUAAAUCGCGUAAUAGAUUUGUGUUUGAAAACAUUUUACGGAGUCUGAUGGGUGGGAGAGGACGUGGUAUUCUCCAAAAACAGAAUGGUUUUGGACGUGGCAGCGGGCAAGUAUUUGGUGUCCUUUUCAAAAUAUGAUUUCUUGAAUUUUUUUUUUUUAAACCCACUUCGUGAUGUAUAUCUGCAAUUUUGUUUGUGUAUUAUUUCAUUGUUUAAACUGUUUACUUGUUGGAUGUUGUAGAUUUGGAAGAGGUGCCUCUUCAUCCUCAGAGGCUUCAGGUGGGAUGGGGCGGGGUUUUGGACGAGGGGUGCUGCGAGCUGGAUUUACAGUGAAUGGAAAUGACAGUGACGUAUCCAAUGACAUGGCAGGACUCUCUGUAAACAAACCGGGAGGCCAGGCCAACGGAUUUGGAAAGUCUGGCAACAACUCUGGCGGUAGCAGCUUCGGAUCUCGAGGAGGAUUUGGUGGUGACGAUGGAUUUGGAAACAAGUCUAACGACAGCAACAACAACAAUAGUGGGGGAGGGUUUGGUGGGGGGUCCACUGGCGGAUUCAAAGGAGGGUCAUCAUUUGGAUCCAAGAAAGAGGGAGGGUUUGGUGGUGGAGGGAGUUUUGGGUCGAGAAACAAUCGGGAAUCUUCUGGAUUUGUUGGAGGUUUUGGUGGUGGUGACAGACCUCCAAGGGGAGGGGGAUUUGGAGGAGGAGGAGGGGGAGGAUCUGGCUGUAGGAAUUGUGGUGAAGACGGACACUUUGCCAGGGAAUGUCCAAAACCUCGUGGCGGUGGUGGUGAUGGUGGCAGUGGCUGUAGAAAAUGUGGUGAAGAUGGACACUUUGCCAGAGAAUGUCCCAAUGCUGGGAGCGGUGGAGGUGGAGGGGGCAAAUGCUAUAGGUGUCAGAAGGAAGGUCAUAUGGCUCGGGACUGUCCAGAUGCUCCCCCACUAGAUCCAGACCGACCUGCACCCUAUGUGCCACCAGCACCUUCUGAGGAUGAAGCGGAGAUCUUCAAGAUAAUCCAGAAGGGAAUCAACUUCGACAAGUAUGACAAAAUUCCUGUGGAGGUAACGGGCAGAGAUGCGCCCCAAGCCAUAAAUAACUUUGAUGAGGCGGGACUAUACGAGAGAAUACUAGUUAAUGUUCAAAAAGCUCAGUUUGAGAAACCGACACCUGUACAGAAGUACUCCAUUCCAUUAGUGAUGGCAGGCCGGGACCUGAUGGCCUGUGCUCAGACGGGGUCAGGGAAAACGGCUGCCUUCUUGCUGCCCGUCUUGACAGGAAUGAUAAAAAAUGGGAUCUCGGGAAGCAGUUUUUCUGACGUUCAGGAGCCACAGGCACUAGUGGUGGCUCCUACCCGAGAGUUGGCAGUGCAGAUCUACAAUGAUGCCCGGAAAUUUGCCCAUGGUACCAUGAUUAGGCCAGUGGUCUUGUAUGGUGGUACCUCAGUAGGCUAUCAGAUCAGGCAGGUGGAACAGGGAACACACAUUCUCGUGGGAACUCCAGGGCGGCUCAUUGACAUCAUUGGGAAAGGAAAGAUCAGCCUCACAAAACUGAAAUAUUUGAUUCUGGAUGAGGCGGAUAGAAUGCUGGAUAUGGGGUUCGGGCCUGACAUCCGUAAAAUUGUAGAAGAGUUGGGGACACCCCCUAAAUCCGAGAGACAGACUCUGAUGUUCUCUGCCACAUUCCCGGAAGAGAUUCAGAAGAUGGCUGGAGAUUUUCUGAAUGAUUAUCUGUUCUUGACUGUCGGACGUGUGGGAGGAGCUUGUACUGAUGUCACACAGUGUGUGUACGAGGUUGACAGACAGGAAAAACGAUCAAAACUUUGUGACAUACUCACUGAGACAGGGACAGAGAAAACCUUAGUUUUUGUUGAACAAAAACGAAAUGCUGACUUCUUGGCAUCCUACUUGUCUCAGAAUGGAUUUCCUACAACCAGUAUUCAUGGAGACCGUCUACAGGCGGAGAGAGAGGAAGCCCUGCGUGACUUCAAGCUAGGAAAGGCUCCAGUUCUGAUUGCCACGUCUGUAGCAGCGCGCGGUUUAGACAUUCCUUUGGUGAAACAUGUCAUUAAUUACGAUCUCCCACAAUCCAUUGACGAGUAUGUCCAUCGAAUUGGCAGAACAGGUCGCUGUGGAAACUUGGGAAAAGCUGUCAGUUUCUACUCCAACGAUACAGAUGGUUCCUUGGCAAAACCACUGGUCAGGAUUCUGUCAGAUGCAAUGCAAGAAGUGCCUUCUUGGCUUGAAGAGUAUUCCAAGACUGGUAUGCCUGGAGCUGGAUACGGUGAUGUGGGAUCUAGGUUUGGUGGGCGUGACAUUCGAAAAAACCAACCAAGGCACAGAGAGACCUACAAGGGGGAUAAUAGCUACCCUCUCGGUGCAGGUGGCUCUGUUGUAGUCAAUGCUGGUGGAGCCCAAGAAGAAGAUGAAGAAAACUGGGACUAGACAAAAUAUGCUGCCCAGUCGAAGGUCCGGCAAUAUUUCCGUGGCAUUUGAUUUUAGAUUGCGAUCCAGGAAGGCUCGUUGCAAAGUGAAGGUGCUACCAGGGUAGUGCUAGCACGUCCAUCUGUUUUAAACCUGUAAAUAUGUUAAUAUGUGUCUUCAUGGGCAUUAAAAACGUCACAUUCUAGCAAGCUAGCACCUGCCUGGCCUAAUCUGAGAACAUUGAAAUCAUAACUGGCAAAAUUCAAAGGAAAUAAUAGGACACCUGCCUGGCCUAAUCCGAGAACACAUAGGAAUCAUAACUGGCAAAACUCAAUGGAAGUAAUUAGACUAGACUAGAAGUAGUCCGGAUAUACACCAAGUCUUCUUGAGCUUGGCCAGUUCUUGAUGAUUUUAUAGGAAAUCCAGAAAAGAGAAAAAAACUUGUGAAGUAUUAGAUGGUUUAGAAUUAACUUGUAUUGUGCUAAUCUGCAUUGGAGAUAAUGAAACAGGACUUGUUUGUGAUGUUGACGUUUUGUUUUUGAGAAACAAAAGUAGAAAUGAUAUGUGGCGGAUUGACCCGUUUCUCCGGGUCUUGGUGGCGAGCGCGGUGUGCAACAGGUAUUGGCAGCAAGGUCUGUCAGAGAGGGCAAUAAAUGGACAGGAAUGAAAUCCUAUCGACCAUAUUCUAGUCCCCAAUCAGACCGAGUGCAAUAUAUACCCCAGUCUUUCAGCCAGUGUUCAUGUUUUUAUUCAGAACUCAGAAUCUCGUAUCAUGGAUCACCGCUUCUCAGGGUAUCCUCAUUGCCAAUUCUCACACCAUUGCUCUAGUCCAUAACCGCUGUGAUAUUUCAUCUGUUUUGUUUCUCAUCACCACGUUUUACAUUUUGUUGUUUUUAUUAAAAAGAUUAAGAAUACA